CCCAGUUGUGCACCAUGGAAGGCAAAGGGCUGGUGGCUGAGCUGCAGAGAGCAGCCAUCUGCCCCAUCUGCAGGGGUCACUUUAAGGACCCAGUGAUCCUCGACUGCGAUCACAGCUAUUGCCGGAUGUGUAUCACUCACUACUGGGAGGAGAAAUCCCCACCGGGAAGGGGCCCUCGGGUGCUGUCUUGCCCCCAGUGCAAGAAAGUGUUUGAGAGGAAGAAUCUCCGCACCAACGUCAAGCUGGCUGUGGAAGUCAAGAUCACUCAACACCUCAAUGCCAAGACAGCCCAGGGGCCCCUGGCCCCAAAGUCCAGGCGCCGCCGUGGAGGGUGGAGGCCCACAGCCAGCAUCCAGAAAGAAAAGGUAGGUCCUGGGUGA